CCGGCUUUCCUACUCCUAAACGGUUUGUACUUGAGUUCGAGAGGCAACAGAGAAAUGGCGAGUUAGGUGUUAUCGGUAUUUUAAACAAUAAAAUUUGCUGGGCAGUUUGAAAAAGAAAAUACAUUAGCUAGCUAUGUUUUGACAAAUAGAUGGUAUAAUCCUAAAAUGGAAGAACCGUGGGAUUUCGAGUUUUUAUCACGUAUUGGGGAUGGGUUUGUUUCGUUUCUGUCCGAAUUUGUUGACGAUUGGCUUGCCAAAGAUAUGAGAGUGUAUGUAUUCAAAAUCUUAAUUAGCUGGUUGAUAAUAAGUCUAAUUGCAAUCCACUUUGCCUGGAAAAUUUAUGGAAACACAGUGAAUGAUAUGUAUUAUCGUCAAGGAACAAGUGGACAGAAUGGAGGAACACCUGACACUGCACCUAACCUGAGCGGAUGGGAGAGCGCAGCUGGAGACACACUCAAGACACACCGUGAGUGAUCGCCAGGACUUGUUGGUAGAAUAACCACAUUAACUUGCUGUUUGUUCAGCGAACAUGACUUGGAAUGAAGUGGAUUGAAUUGCAAUGGAAAUGCUCCCUUUUAAAGUGACUGGAGUUGCUUGAGAAUCCUGCAUCCUUGCAGCUUCUUAACAUCAGAAGGCUGCCACUUGGCUGUGAGAAAGAUGUAACAAACCAACCCCAUCGUAUAUUAAUAUUACAAAGUAUAUAUGCACUAAUACUGUUUUAUCAAAAUGGUCCAGAAAUAAACAAUUUCAACUAGAAAAUCACUCAAUGUUAAAAGACAGAUGUAAAAAACAAAAAGGUUAUAAUAUAAAGGGGAUGCUUUGAAAUUAUUUCUUUUUGACUACAGAGAAGGAGAAAUUACAGUUCUUUGAAUCUGGACAGAGUAGGAGGCCUAAAGUCAAAAAGCAGCUCGUCCUUCACAGAUGUCUUAUUAUAUGUAGCCUAUGUGAUGUAAUUUCUAACUUUCGACCCAGGCUAUAUACCUCCCAAUUUUCCUGGAUCAUCAAUUUUACUACAGGAUUAUUAUAUUAUUUUUGAUGUAAUUAUUGAUCAUUAAACUCUAGGUUAAAAGACGCACAAAAGCAUUAAACAUCCCUUGAUUUCUUUGAAGAAACACAAAUGUACAGACAUCAGAAACCCGAAGAAAGGAAAUUAAAAGUGGCAGAUUGUACAAAUUAUGUUUUUACAAAUGAUAUUAAAGAGCUCAUGACCAAG